AUGAUGGUGUUUGUAUGUACGUGUGCGUGCACACUCAUCCGUGUUUCGACAGAUGCCAUGGUUAUUGACGAAAAGGUCAAGGAAAGCUUUGUGUUGGACACAGCUUCUGACGCCUAUGAGUACCAUACCCAGUGUAAGGACCACCCCAAAUCCUGGUGCAGAGGCUAUUUCUGAGACUUCGGCACUAUCCCUGCCUUCACACCCAAUGGUCCUGACCGCGUGACCCUGAGGUCAGGCAGAGGCACAGGAAACCAGCUCACCAUCACUGCGUCCUGCCCGACCAAGGAAGAUACGGGCUAGUACUGCUGCGGCAUCCUGCAGGACUUUGCCAAGAACGACAUGGAUUUUACAGAGUUGAUUGUGACUGACAACAGAGGAGGCUUCACCAGUGAUUUUUGGUCUGGGAAAGACCUUUCCGGCAACUGGAGUGGAAGCUGCAGGACAGGGAGAGCGGUGCCAAGGGCAUGAAGGGCAAGGAUGUCCAUUCUCAUCAUCUGCAUACAGGUUAGAGGCCUGGGGAUCAACUCUAUAACUGGUCAUUUGUCUAAGAGGAGGAGAAGCCAGAGGAAUAGGAGUAAUGAGCCAUUGGGGGUGGGGAUUUGGGAAAAUGAAAGGGGCCACAGAACAGCCUUCGCAUGAGUGAAUGUGCCCUCC